UAUAGUGCACUAGUCGGGUUGUCAAGUGUCCAUUGUGAAAUCUAUCUAAGUUACUGGAUUUGGAAAGUAGACCUACGAGUUACUUUUCCCAGUUUGGUGCGAAAGCUGCGUACUAGUCAAAUAGUGAGCGUUCAACUGAAAGCAACAGCUAUUUAUUGAGUGUAAUUUACCGCAAGAAGCUUCAGCGUCGCUGUGUUGGUUACUACGCAUUAUAGGAAUUCAUUAAGAGGACGCCCGUUCAAUUUCACCAACGCUAAAAGGAUUAUUCAAAUAUUUAACAAAGAUAACAUUGAAUUUUUUUCUUCAUCCCCGGACGGAAGUGUGUUCUAUUUAUUUACUAUAGCCCACUACUAGAAAGCAUACAUCGCAGUGUUUUCAGAAGUUUGGGGUUUGUGAACACGCCUGUUGUUAUUUAAUUAUGGCAGAUUUAGGCCUACCAGUGGAUUGGGAUUUAUUUGCUCUCUUGCUUUUUCUCAAUGCUUUGUGAGAUAACGGUUUGUUUUGACUACCGUAAAACGUUGUGUUGCUCUGAAGACGCAAAACUUUUAUUUAUUUAUUGAGACAUCUGGGAAUUGUUGUUUUGGCAACCAUUUAAACGACAUUUUAUUAGCCACGUAACCCGAAAGAGACAUACAGGGUGUUAUAAGCGUUUGUUUUUUUAGCCUACAAAGGAGAGGGUUGCUGAACUGUGGCUCUAUUUCCCCGGUGUAGUUGGACUGUUGUAUUAUGCAAUGCAAACUAUGUUACGAAACUUGGUGUUAUGUAGUUUUAUCAUAACGGACUAUUGUGUUUAUUAUAGCAGUCCAACGUGCUAGGCAGAUUCCAAGUCUCUCUGUUCCGAGGUGGGAUAGUCUUAACGGAGAUCAGUUCACAGUUGAAGAGUGCGCUUCCUCAACCACGCCUGCCCUGACCUCUAGAUGCCGGGCAUAAACUCCACCACCGCCUCUCGCUAUGAGUCCGGCUGGGAGAUGGAGUACGACCACUAUCAACAUUACUUCUACGACGACCACGAUCCAGACGAGGAUUUCUCUAAAUCCACUGCGCCCAGCGAGGACAUAUGGAAGAAAUUUGAACUAGUACCAACCCCGCCCAUGUCCCCUAUCCGGACUUUGGAGGGGGCCGCCGGGGUCGGGAUGGUCUGCCCUUCGCUGGGGGACAAACUCGAGUGGGUGUCCCAGUUUUUGGGUCAAGAGGACGACCAGGAUGUGCCGUGUAAACUCAGCUCAUCCGACGAGGCUUUGGGGAACCUGAGCUCCAUUAUCGUACAGGACUGCAUGUGGAGCGGCUUCUCAGCGGGCAAGCAGCUGGAGAAAGUUUUCGGGGAGCGGCUUGCCUCCUGUCCGAAUAAACUACCCAUGCAGGCGUUGGGAGCUGCAAUCACCACCGCCGGGAGGGCGCAGUGCGUGACGGUGCCAGUGGACGCGGCUGUUCCAGUACUCGGUAGCCUGGCGACAGAUUGCGUGGACCCGGCUGCUGUUCUCGCCUUCCCGCUAACCGGGGGAACGUUUAAGAAACCGUCGGUGUCCUCCUGUUCAGAGACCCACACAGACUCAUCAGAUGACGAAUCUAGUGACCAUGACGAUGAUGAUGAUGAUGAUGAUGAUGACGAAGAGGAGAUUGAUGUGGUGACGGUGGAACACAAGCAGUACAAGCCCCGACGGCUGGUCAACAGCAGAGUUACCGGGGGACGCAGCGGCGGGCUAAACAGACGGACGCCGGUGACAAUCAUGGUCCGGGCGGAUGCUCUGAACCCUUGUAUGAAACGCUUCCACAUCUCUAUCCACCAACAGCACCACAACUACGCAGCGCCCUCCCCGGACACACACACAGCCCCCGCCCUCUCCGGACACAGAGCCCCCGCACUCCCCAGAAAGAGGGUCCGACACGAGCCCUCAAACUCUUCUCAUAACUUCUCUAACACCCAGCCACACCUGCACCCCGCCUCCACAUCCAAUCAGAACUCUGAGAGCAAACCACAUGUCGCCGUAGCAACCAUCGGGUCGGAAUCAUCUGACGCCAACACACCCUCCCCUUGUGGAUCCCCGUCUGCCUCUCCUCGAUUAUCCUCCUCUCACCCCUGCAGCCCCCAGUCCUCCGACUAUGAGGACACAGACAAACGCAAGACACAUAACUUCCUGGAACGGAAACGGCGUAAUGACCUGCGCUCUCGUUUCCUGACCCUGCGGGAUGAGAUCCCCGGCUUGGCAGAGUGUUCGAAGACGCCCAAGGUGGCCAUCCUGACACGCGCCACUGAGUACCUGGGACAGCUGCAUUCUAGCGAGCGCCAGCGGACGCAGGAGAAACGGCAGCUGAAGGCCAGGCAGCAGCAGCUGCUCCGUAGGUUGGCACAGCUCAAACAACGCCCCUAAACUCACUGACUGGCAGGUUGGCACAGCUCAAACAACGCCCCUAAACUCACUGACUGGCAGGUUGGCACAGCUCAAACAACGCCCCUGAACUCACUGACUCGCAGGUUGGCACAGCUCAAACAACACCCCUGAACUCACUGACUGGCAGGUUGGCACAGCUCAAACAAUGCCCCUGAACUCACUGACUGGCAGGUUGGCACAGCUCAAACAACGCCCCUGAACUCACUGACUGGCAGGUUGGCACAGCUCAAACAACGCCCCUAAACUCACUGACUGGCAGGUUGGCACAGCUCAAACAACACCCCUGAACUCACUGACUGGCAGGUUGGCACAGCUCAAACAACGCCCCUGAACUCACUGACUGGCAGGUUGGCACAGCUCAAACAAUGCCCCUGAACUCACUGACUGGCAGGUUGGCACAGCUCUAACAACGCCCCUGAACUCACUGACUGGCAGGUUGGCACAGCUCAAACAACGCCGCUAAACUCACUGACUGGCAGGUUGGCACAGCUCAAACAUCGCCCCUGAACUCACUGACUGGCAGGUUGGCACAGCUCAAACAACGCCCCUAAACUCACUGACUGGCAGGUUGGCACAGCUCAAACAACGCCCCUGAACUCACUGACUGGCAGGUUGGCACAGCUCAAACAACGCCCCUAAACUCACUGACUGGCAGGUUGGCACAGCUCAAACAACGCCCCUAUACUCACUGACUGGCAGGUUGGCACAGCUCAAACAACGCCCCUAAACUCACUGACUGGCAGGUUGGCACAGCUCAAACAACGUCCCUGAACUCACUGACUGGCAGGUUGGCACAGCUCAAACAACGCCCCUAAACUCACUGACUGGCAGGUUGGCACAGCUCAAACAAUGCCCCUGAACUCACUGACUGGCAGGUUGGCACAGCUCAAACAACGCCCCUAAACUCACUGACUGGCAGGUUGGCACAGCUCAAACAACGCCCCUGAACUCACUGACUGGCAGGUUGGCACAGCUCAAACAACGCCCCUAAACUCACUGACUGGCAGGUUGGCACAGCUCAAACAACGCCCCUAUACUCACUGACUGGCAGGUUGGCACAGCUCAAACAACGCCCCUAAACUCACUGACUGCCUGAAUGACUGGCAGCGACCUCUAGUCGAUGGAACGUACUCUUCACCAGGACUGACUGAAAACCAACUCACCGACAGACUGUUAGUGGCUAGCAUGGAGAGAAGCCUUUGAAUGGAUCUGAACCCUAUAUAAUAAACCAGGACUGAGUCAAAACCAGGGAUGGAUCUGAACCCUAUAUUAUAAAUCAGGGAUGGAUCUGAAACCUAUAUUAUAAAUCAGGGAUGAGUUAAAACCAGGGAUGGAUCUGAACCCUAUAUUAUAAACCAGGACUGAGUUAAAACCAGGGAUGGACUGAACCCUAUAUUAUAAACCAGGACUGAGUUAAAACCAGGGAUGGAUCUGAACCCUAUAUAAUGAACCAGGACUGAGUUAAAACCAGGGAUGGAUCUGAACCCUAUAUUAUAAACCAGGACUGAGUUAAAACCAAGGAUGGAUCUGAACUCUGUAUAAUAAACCAGGACUGAGUUAAAACCAGGGAUGGAUCUGAACCCUAUAUUAUAAACCAGGGAUGGAUCUGAACCCUACAUUAUAAACCAGGACUGAGUCAAAACCAGGGAUGGAUCUGAACCCUAUAUUAUCAACCAGGACUGAGUCAAAACCAGGGAUGGAUCUGAACCCUAUAUUAUAAAUCAGGGAUGGAUCUGAACCCUAUAUUAUAAACCAUGACUGAGUCAAAACCAGGGACGGAUCUGAACCCUAUAUUAUAAACCAGGGAUGAGUUGAAACCAGGGAUGGAACUGAACCCUAUAUUAUAAACCAGGGAUGAGUUAAAAUCAGGGAUGGAUUGAGGUUGGCCCUAUAAUAUUUGCAAACUGUGCAUCUAUUGUAUGUCCUGUUAUUGUCUGUAAGGUUAUAUGAUGUCAUGAGUGAAUCCAUUGAUUGUGAACUAUGUCCAGAUCAGCAUGGCAAUGUACAUAGACUGUCAUGUGUGUGUCUCUUUUGUCUUUGUGUGUGUAUGUCUCUUUUUCUCUCUUUCUCUCUCUGUGUGUAUCUCUCUCGCUCUCUCUCUCUCUCUCUCUCUCC